GUUUAACCGGAUAUACAUACGCAGGUGUUGUUGGUCACCUUUCUAAAACGUGCACUACCACAAUUUUAUUUCCAAAAAGCAAACAAAUCAUGUCUUCAAGUUCAAGUGAAGAUAUUUCUUCAGAUAAUGAUUCUGACAUUGAAAUACUAGCUACAGAAGCUUGUAAUAAGAUGAAGAAGUUAUUAGAAAAAUCAAAUAGCAUUGGAAAAAAGAGACAAAUGACCCGAACUGUUAAUAGGAAAAUGAAAUGUGACACUGUAAACGAUAGUAAGGAAGCACAAUCUAGUCCAAAUAUUUUUGACUUUGUAAUUGAUAAAACACCUCUGAGGUUUGAGAAUGAUGAAGUCACCAAAACAUCACAACCUGCUAGUAGUGCUACAGAAUCAGAAUCUGGAAUCCCAGAGACUGAUGACAACACUAAAGAGAGUCCAAGUCUCAAUUCAAACAAAGCAAAAAAGAAAGUGGGAAGUUUAUCAUCAAGUUUACAGACAAAAAUACAGAUAUCAGAUAAUUAUUUCCAAACCACAUCUGAUAACAAAUCAAAGAAGAAAACUAAAUCCAUCAAAGCAGAUUUAGAUGAGGUGAUGAAAAAAAGUGUAAUAACUCCUGAUUUUGAAAAGCAGUUUUCACAGAAACCUUAUGAAGAAAGUAUCAGACAACAGAAAAAACAAAGAAGGAAGGAGAAAGCAAAGACGAAGGGAAAUGGCUGGUAUAACAUGAAAGCACCUGAAAUGACUGAAGAAAAGAAAAAUGAUUUGAUGGUUCUCCAUAUGAGGAAAGCAGUGGAUCCUAAACGAUUCUAUAAAAAUAAUGAUACAGUGUCAUUACCUAAGUUUUUCCAAUUUGGAACAGUAGUAGAAAGUUCAGCAGAUUUCUAUCACUCAAGGGUUCCUAAGAAACAGAGGAAAUCUAAUAUGGUAGAAGAACUUCUAGCUGAUGCUGAAUUUAGAAAGUACAACAAGAGGAAGUAUGUUGAAAUACAAGAACAGAAAAGGAAAGCACAAGGUCCAUACAAACACAUGAAAAGAUUGAAGAAAAAUAAAAGAUGAUCAUUUUA